AUGACCACCACUGCUGCCAUCAACUUCAUCACCGACGGCUUCCCGGCACCGGGUCUGCGCCCGACUCAACGUCUCAUCACUGGCAACAAAGAGGAAGACGGCAAAGGCUAUUUCCUCGUCACCGACAAUGGCGACCACCACCGCGUCAUGGGCGAGAACCAGGCCGUCGCCAACAUUAUCUACUCGACAAAUGAGAACCCUGUCGAUCUCAACGAUGACAAAGAUAUCAAGUAUGCCCAGGAGAACGAGGUAAGUCUGACCCUUCGAGCAUAUAGUUUUCGGCUUUCCCACGAACGUAAGGCUAACCAGAAGAAAAAGCCCGGUCUCCACAUCACUAACGGCACGGUGGUGCGAAUGAUCGAUUUUGGCCCUGGGGUAGAGUCACCCAUGCACCGGGCCAUGUCAAUCGACUAUGGCAUUGUGCUGGAGGGUGAAUUUGAGUUGACACUAGACUCGGGCGAGACACGCAUCAUGAAGCGCGGUGAUGUAAGUGUGCAGCGGGCGACAGCGCACAAGUGGAAGAAUAUCACUGCUGGAGAGACAGAGGCUGGGCGGAUGUUGUAUGUCUUGCUUGAUUGUAAGGAGGUCCUGGUGCAGGGCAAGAAAAUCGAAGGAUUUUUGGGCGAGUUGGAGAAAGAGUAUGAAGGAAGAAGUGCAUGA